CCCCCCUCCCAGGUGCGUGGGCGGCUCACGCGCUGGAGAUGUCCACGGGGAAGAUCCCGUUCCUCGUGGCGGUGAACGGCAGCACGGUGCUGCUGCCCUGCACGUACGCCAGCUGCAUCGGCAUCAAGAACCUCUACUUCAACUGGCAGUUCAACGCCAAUGGCACCAUGGAGAAGCUUUGCGAGUCGACGAUACCGUACGAGGGGGUGGAGCCCCACGUGAGCGUCUUCCACGAGCGGGUGGAGUUUGUGGGCAACACGCCGUCCAACAACAUCUCCAUCCUGCUGGCCAACAUCACCUUCGAGGACGACGGGGAGUACACGUGCUUCGGACGCAAUCCCAAGGAGAAGUUCAAGAACCACAGUGCCAUCUUCACCCUCAGCGUGGUGGACGAGCUAAGGGUGGUGGACAACACCCUCACCAUCAUCAUCGCCUCAGCUGUGGGCGGGGGCAUUGCCCUGUUGAUGGGAUUCAUGCUGCUGAAGAACUUGACCAUCUUUGUCCUUGCCAAGAUGGAGGAGAAAAAUAAGGAGUGCCUUGUGACUUCCUCAGGGAUCGACAACACCGAAAACGGCCUCUCAGGAUCCAAAGCGGACUCGAAAGCGACACCAAAGAAGAAAUGAAAGUACUUGCAUGAAUGUAGCCAUGUAUAAAUAGGCAUCAGUCGACAGCAUAAAUUCACAGGUGCACAUGUUUAUGCACAAAAGACUCCAAUACGUCCAAGUUGACAUAUGAUAGAAAACACUUACACCUAGGAUUGGAUUUUCAUACAUGAUAGGAAAAAAACCAUGAUAUAUGUAAUAAGUAAUAUUUUUGGUUUAGAAUAUGCUUGAGACAGGAACUAAUGCAAUGUAAGCUGUUUUUUUCUGGGCUGAAUCUUGUUCCCGACACCAAGCUCUAGGCCUCACGCAAACACUCCAGAACUCAGACCAUAAUAUGGUUAAAUAUCCACAAAAAUUAUCCAUAAAGUCUAUAAGAUUAAUGUAAAAACAAAAUCUCCUGACAUUGGCCUCUUAUUCCUAUGAAUUUGUUUAGUCUUGUUGAGUCCAGAGUAUGCUCAUCCCAAAAUGAUUUCCUUAACUGAAGUUGAGCUAAUUAGUUUGGUCUGCGACGAGGAGUUUGUUUUGUUUGUCAGCAUUAAGGGCAUUUGUGUGGCAAGGAUAUGGAUUCAGCUCAGCUCCUAAUAAGUUUUCUUUGCCUAAUAUAAAACACAGGUGCCUGUUUCAUGCUUCUGUCUACCCCUACUGGCAGAAAGGACAAGUGCAAAAUAAUUAUUUAUGAAACAGCAAAACGCAACCAAAUAAUACAAGCUGGUGAAUGAUAUGAUAGACAAUCCCUGAAACCAACCCCAUAGAAAAUCGAAUGAACCUUUGAAUACGCUGCUUUAAGACAAAUAACGAAUGCAUUUUUAAGCAUGUAAAACAACAGUCCAGAUUUUAAACACAGUGCUUGACAAUAGAAACGUAAUCUCUUUUUUAAUGGCUAGGCCCUUGCAUUCAGUAUCUGCUUGAGGUUGAUUCCAAAUGUCUCCACAUCAUGGUGCCAACAAUCCCCAGUUGGCAAGGCUAUGCACUAUGAGGUAAAAGGUUAGUCGAAACAUUAACUAUAUGUAGAUGCACAUUUUCCACUGACAGCUCAUCAUUAACAAUCUAUCCACACAGCAUUCACAACACAUGCGCAACAGAGCAUUUCUCACAACUUGCAAUAAAUACCCAUGAGCUGCAUUGCAUUCAACUUAAAUGCAUGAUUCUCAAAUAAUGGAAGCAGAAAAAAAUUGCCUAUUUGCCCUUAUCUCCUGCGGGUGGAGCAGAUUACAAGAUAAUCACCAGGCCCAUCCCCAAAUGUUAUUGCUGUCAUGAUGUUGUUAAAAGCCCUUUAGGAAGAAUCAUUCAGACCAAGGAUUGUGUCAAGGGAGUGGCUCACAGACAAUAUCUGUGACUCCCUGACCUGAAUGUCUCGUUAUCCGAAUACCUCGGGUGAUCCCAAGGGAUGCUAGUGUUCCUGGAAAAAGAGGGUAUUUUUCGAGAGACCUCGACAGGAGCGGUAGCGGAAAUACCGUGCCUCACUUUGACGUGCGUCGCCAUCAGGACGAGAAAGGGACUGUGAUCAGAAGCUGCUAGGUCGCGGUUAUGCCACGUUGAGUCAAAGUAGCGCUGCUUCUGCAAACGUUGAGAUAAACGAGCCGUAUGAUUGAUUAGCUGCGCCGUGUAGACGGAAAGACACUUGAACAUAGGGAUAUAUUUAUUGUUUACUUUUUCUGUAUGUGUUUGUAUUUCGAGUAGCGAUGAUCGGCCAGUCAGAGAAGCAGUCAGAGGAAGUCAGCUGAAAUGAUUAUGACUUAUGACAGGAUUAAACAUGGAUUGGAACACGGUCAGGAUUUAAAAGCUUCAGGCAAGGGAAGAGAUUUGGUCAUACAUUUGAAAGAGACCUUAUCAACAUGUGCACCAGAAUAAGUUAUACAACUUUGACUAUACCGUCUUCCAGCAUCAUGGCUGGAUGGAGUGAUUGACAGACUACCCCCCCCACCACCGGUGGGGUGUCUCCUAGAUCUCCAGGCCUGUGUACCGUAGAUGGAUACGUUUAUUAUAACAUGUUACAGCUCCUCUAGAAUGUAAGCAAUAACAAACACAGAGCAGCAGACAAGUGCUUCUGGGAAGCAGUUGGACAGUGGUGUGGACCCUGUAUUGACAAACAUCCUCUGUCUCUACAUGUAACUGCACUGAUACAAAACUUCUUUCUUUGAGGUCGACCUUCCUACAAUGUUUUUAUUUGACGGAUGUUGAGAAACCUGAAUGUUUUCACGUCUCAAUAGGACGUUUUUGGUCCCAGAUAUAAAAGGCCUUGUGAUGUUCCGUCUCCUAUUCCACCUCGGGUUUCCAUGGAUGACUCGGUGAAAAGUUGAGGUGGAAAUUCAAUAUGAAACUAAAGUUUUAACCUUUUGGAAUAUGCUUGAAUAUGAGUAACCCGAGAAGAUAUGCAAAGUUCUGCCAUUGUGGUGGACAAGCUCCCUUUGAACUACCGAGACAUAACUUAUCUUUACUCCUGUGAAAAGAAUGCCAAUGUGUUGCUGAAGUCCUGUGCAUUUCCAAUUGGUGCCUCAGAACAGUUAUGGGAAAAUACUGUAGAUGUGACUUGUAUUGCACCUUUGACCACAGAAUGUUUGUGAAACAUCCCUGUUGCUCAACAACCAAUUCUAAGGGGUCAUGGAAAAACAACCACAACAUGAAGUGUUAUAAAAGAUAAUCGUAUUCCAACAUUAGCCAAACGCAAUUCGCCGUUUUUGUUGGGGGGUCGGCACAGUGUGAAAACAUUCCAAAUGCCUUCACUGAAAGACUGGGUGGAUAAGAGUUGAACGGGGAAGUCUGGCUUUCAACCGCCUACUUUGGCCCUACAUACUGACCCCUUGGUUACGAGCAGCAAGGAAAGGUGUCUUGACCCCGCGGGGUCCCCCCCCCCCCAUGUUCCUCACAUGAAUGUAUAGCCAUGUUCUCCCUGUUCCCCUUCAAAGAAUGUCCUCCAUACAAUACCACACACACGUCAGUUCUAUUUUUCUUUAUUAUAAAAAGCCACAGAAUCAAAUAAAAUAUUUGAAUUAAAUCACA